AUGUCUGUCACGCACGCGGAGCAGCCCUGGACACCACGACGAGACCGCGGGACCGCUGUGUUUCCCGUUCACGCACGAGGAUUGAUCCAAUGUAUUAUUUACGACCGAAACUUCAGCAACUUAUCCACUGGAUAUGGCUCCCGGUGUGAGGAGUGGGCGGACAGGUCACCCCAAAGUGGUGGGAGCCGGCGGAGCGGAGCCCGGUGGGUGCUCGCCGCGGAGGACCGAUGCCGGAGGAGAGGGGAGGUGUUUGAGGACCAGGUGGCGAGUCGGAGCAGCGGGGAUGCUUGCGAACUGUCUGCUGUCUGUGGGGACGCUUUUACUUCUUGUCCGGUGCGCUUUGGCCGCAGAGGGGAUACAUGGGAUCCAUUCCAGCUGAAUCCACCAGGAGCUGAGAAGGAAACUAAGAGAAGAUGUUUCCAACUGGCUCAGUCCCUGGUGGCUGUUAUUGUGGGAUUGGCGGUCUUGACCAGUGCCGUUAUCGCCAAGGGCUCCCUCUUGGUGUUGUCAACAUUGUCCAGUCCAUCCUCCAUGCGCAGCCCAAAGGAAAAACAGUUCUACAUGCUGAUGUUGGUUUUCUGCCUGGUCUGCCCCAACUUCCUGGUGUUUCUGAAAUCACUAUGGAGGUGUGCCUUCAAGAGCUUUGUAAAACCCAACAUGAAGACCAUGUCAAUGAUUUGUGCCAUUGAGUGUCUGGUGUCUCUUGGAACUUCAAUCCUGGUGCUAAUUGUUAUGCCUCAGUUUGAUGUGUUGACUAAUCUCUUCAUCAGCGGAGGAGUCUGUAUUGUGUCUGCCAUUCUGCAGAUAGUAUACAGACUACAGAAAAAAAACUGGAAAAUCCUGUUCCCAAUCUGCUCCCUCAUUCUCACAGUUGCUGGUUACUGCCUCCUGGGGGUUGACUACUAUGUUCGUGUAACAACAUUUGUAGAUCGACAGAGCAGCGACUGCUUUAUCUAUGUUGGAAUUGGAAUUUUUUCUUCACUCCUCAUCUCCCUCUGCUGGUGGGAAAAUUCAAUGCAAGCAACAAAUCGCAUGCAGGAAACACUGUUAGAAUUGGACGGUUUCAGGGACUUUGUGUUUGUCAUCAGCAGUAUUCUGAGGAUAAUAGUGAUAGGAGGGGUAUACCUGUUCUACUAUGUGCUCAUUGAGAAAUCUAUCGUCUGGUCAGACUUCUGCCUGCAGAGUGAAGACUGGGAAUUACUGCAAAUAGGACUGGUGGUGUUUUUCUUACAGGCUUUCUGCUCAGCAGCCUGCCACUGGUUUGGUGUGGUGGCCUGUAAGAUUCAUGCAGUCAGGAUGAGUUUUGCUCUGCCACUGUGUUGCACAGGACCUGCAGUGCUACUGCUGGGACUUAUACUUUUCCUUACCCAGGUAGAAAAAUUGGUCGGUGCACAGACUGGGAGCAUCACAGAGUUUUGUGAAAGCCUGGCUUACUUGAGCACUAAGAACACAACCCCUGUGGUUUUACUGGAACUCACAAGGAGCAUUUGUCGAACUUCACUCAACAGCUACUAUAUGCAAUGGCCUUUUGCAAUGCUGGCACUGGAAGGUGUAUGUAUGUGGUCAGGUUUCGUCACAUGCACCUACUAUGUAUGGAAGAUCAAGGUCCAGCGUAUAGAGAGAACAUCUCAGCUCUUUGUUCGUCGACUGUAUGAAUCUGCUUUCAUUGACCUGUCACUGCUACUCAACACCAAGAUGAAGGUGGCACGAGCCAGAAACCAAGAAAGCAAUGAUGACAUACAGAGCUGUGUGAUCUAUCUUUGUGCCACCAUGUGGCAUGAAACCUACGAUGAAAUGCUGAAAAUUCUCACCUCCAUGUUCAGGUUGGACCGCUACCGAGGUGAUCCAAAAGAGGACCAUAAGGACUGUUUUGACUUUGAGUGUCACAUUUAUGUGGACGAUGCCUUCAUGACUGAAAAGGAGACAGGAAAGAGGCUGGUUAACUCUUAUGUUGAAGACUUGGUCCAUGUUGUCAUAGAGGUUUACAGGGUGUUUACCAACAAAGAACCAGAUGACGUGUCAAUCAUUCAAACUCCCUAUGGCGGCAGACUGAUGUUUGUUAUGCCAGAAGGCAACAUGCUCUAUGUUCACCUAAAAGACAAAACUCUCAUCAGGAACAAGAAGAGAUGGUCCCAGAUUAUGUAUUUGUACUAUCUACUCGGCUGGAAGGGCUACAUCGUCAAGAACCCUCAGAAGAUCCCACACCACCAUAAUCCACGCAAAGACAGUAUGAUCUCUAUGUACGGAGAGAUUUUCCUGGUGCCUCAGCAUGAAAAUGACCACAAGAGAAGAUUCAUCUCAGAUGACAACACUUACAUCCUGGCUCUCGAUGGAGACACAGACUUCCAACCUAAAGCAGUGAUUCUGCUUGUAGACAGGUUGAGGAUGUAUGACAACGUUGGUGCAGCCUGUGGUAGAAUCCAUCCUACUGGUAUGGGUCCCAUGGUGUGGUAUCAGAAGUUUGAGUAUGCAGUAGGUCACUGGCUACAGAAGACAGCAGAGCAUGUGUUUGGCUCGGUGCUGUGCAGUCCAGGAUGUUUCAGUCUGUUUAGAGGAUCAGCCUUAAUGGAUGACAAUGUACUGAAGAGAUACACAACAACUGCAACCAGAGCUUCAGAAUACGUCCAGUAUGACCAAGGGGAGGAUCGUUGGCUGUGUACUUUGUUACUGCAACAAGGAUGGCGUGUCGAAUACAAUGCUGCAUCAGAUGCUUACACCAACUCACCACAAGAGUUUCAAGAGUUUUAUAACCAGAGGAGACGAUGGGGACCAUCUACACUGGCUAAUACACUGGACCUUCUGCACAGUGGUGCAGAAACAGUGAAGAGAAACUCGUCCAUCUCCAAGCUUUACAUCUUCUACCAGAUGUUCACUGUUAGCUCCUCUAUCCUCGGUCCAGCCUCUGUGACUCUUAUGAUAGCAGGUGCUUUCCAGUUUGUCUUCAAAAUCAGUGGUACACUUUCCAUCAUCAUCGCAAGCAUUCCUCCUGUGUUCUACAUCAUCGUCUGUUUUAUAGCCAAGCCUAAUACCCAAAUAACCAUUGCUGGCAUUAUGAGUGUCCUGUACGCAUUCCUCAUGACUGCAUCCUUCUUUUCUAUCAUCGGUGACAUGGUGAUUCAGGGCACCUUCCUGACCCCCACUGGCUUGUUUUUGGUUUCUAUGACAAUCAUGUACGCAGUGACUGCUAUACUACACCCGGAGGAGUGCGGGAUGAUUAUCUAUGGUCUGAUGUAUUUCAUCUGUAUCCCCAGUGGAUACCUCCUACUGACCAUCUACUCACUGGUUAACAUGCACAUUGUGUCCUGGGGCACAAGGGAAUCCAAGGGACAAGAAGAAGUGAAGAAGAACCAUAAUCUUCUGUGUGACAAAACCUGUAGACUCUGCUGCUGGGACAUGAAGUGUCAGGUAACACAAGAAACAGAGAAUCUGAUGAUUCGACAGAUCACAGGCCAGAAUGCACAGCAAGCCCCUCCUCUUCAAAUCACCCAACCAGACUCGGUAACUCAACAGACAGCUGUAAAUGUGGAGCCUCAAGUCAUUGUUGACACAACCAAAACAGUUACAGAAGCUACGAAUCCUCCAAGUAACAACCUGAAAGAGAAGUUGGCAAAAGGCAAUGAUGCUGGCUCCUAUAGCAGUGAUGACAGUACCAAGAAAAAGAGCAUAUCACCGAGUUUAUCCGACGAAGAUGAUAUUGAGGAGGAUGAUGACAGCAUGAUUGCUGACCAAGAAGAGGACUUUCCUGUCAGCGACUGGGUUGUGCCGGUGAAAGAAGAGUUUUUGAAGAAGCUGACUUAUGCCAACAUGAAGAGAAAUCUACAAGAACAAAUAAGAUACGUACUCCGUAACAAAGAUGAGGAUGAUUUGUGUGAGGAACUGGUCAUGAUGUUGACGGACACUCUUCAUGACGAGCUAAGUGGAGUGGGGCCUGAGGAUGUUCUGUCACAAAGCCAGCUGGAGGAGUUACAAUCUACACUGGAAGAGCGGGCUCGGCGAACCCUUAUAUCCAGUCAAAUGGAGAAAUUAGAGAAGAGAAUAAGGGUAGCCAUCAAGAAAACACUCACUGCCCCGCAAGUGCAAAAACUUGAUGAGGGUGAGCAUGACUUCUGGAUCAAGUUACUCGAUCGCUACCUGAAGCCUAUUGUUGACACAAAAGCACAUCUGGAGGAAGUCACCAGAGAACUCAAGUCACUACGCAACAAGGCAGUCUUCCUGUAUUUCAUCAUCAACGUGCUGUGGGUGGUAGCUACCUUCUUUCUGCAGGCUAUUGGAAAUGAUGUCAUCAGCAUCAAGAUCCCUAAAUACUAUGCAAACGGAACUGCAUCUGGAGAAUUCCUCAUGGUGGAGCCUCUCAGUUUGAUGUUCCUGCUGUCUUUUGCUAUUCUUCUCAUUAUCCAGUUCCUGGCCAUGUUAUAUCACAGAGUCUACACUCUGAUCCAUGUGGUGUCCUUCCGCGGCACAGAGAAAAACUAUAGACCAAAAGAGGAUACGGCGGAUUAUGAAGACUUGACUUUGGAGAACCCCAGCGCCACUGGACUUUACAUUACAAGUGAUGAUCUGUAGUCCACAACAACCGACUGUAACAACCAGCACACAUUGGCUUCGCCGGUGGCAUCCGACCAGCAGAUCUCUUUCCAUUUAAGGGCUGCCAAUCAAAUACUUUUUUUCCAGAUUUCACAAUGCACUAAAUUCAUUUGAUGAUUAAACAGCAUAGAUAGUCUGUCAAACAGUCUUCAUAGAUAGGCCAUGCAUUCAUCUUGGCUAUCAGGAAAUCAUCUCGUCUUCAGCUCUUCUGCAGCAGCUGCAACACAUCCAAUGAAUUUUGUUUUGCAAUUUAAAAUGAAUAUUUGUUGAAAUGUAAGCUCCGGUUUUUACACAAUGGGAUCUCAGGUAGGAGUGUUCCUAAUUAUCAUGUGUUUUAUUUGAAUGCAUUUCCUUUAAGACUAGUAUUUAUUCUAUGUUUAGUGUGGUUUAAUGCAUCGGGUCCACAGACUUGUUGAAUAUUAUUAUCCUAAAUCAGUGUAAUUUUGUGAUUAUUAAUUUUUGUUCUUACAUGCAUAUAUCAAAAUCUUUUUUAAUGAAUCACAAUCAUGAGCUAGAUGGAGAUGGAAGCAAAUCAUUUUCACUUGUCCAAGAAAAGUUUGUCUGAGCUCAGGUUAAAAAUCAAAUGUGCUGCUCCCAAGAAGCCAGUCCUUUAAAUAUUUUCAAAUGCAAUACUGGCACAAGAAAUACUGUAAGAAAUACUCCACUUUUUUUGUUAACUUCAUAAAUUUUAUACUCUUAAUAGUUUGGUAAAAAAUUACAGUUUUCUUUUUAAUAUUAUGUCAAGACUGUAUCAAUGUACUUAUGUAUAUGAUUCGUAACAAUGCACUUUACGAAGGGAUGGAAUGUUCUUGCAAAGAUUCAAAUAAACUCCCUAAAGAAACUACUGAAUUGAUUUAAAUAAAUGUGUGGACAAUCCUCUUGUAUCACAAAAUAAACAUAUAAUUACAUAAAUAAAUAAUCAUAAUCAGCAACUGAUAUUCAUCUCAUUUAAUGAACGAGUAAAAAAGUAAUGUUUCUUUGUCUUUUGACUGGACACAAGAUUUUUCUUCUGUUUUUUAUAAAUGUUAAGACUGACACAAAUGUGUUUAUUCAACUCUGUGGUCAAAUGGUGGUUGGCCAAAACACUGUCAGAUCAGGGAACAGACUACAGUUUAUAGUUUCUCCUCAGUCUGGUGUACUCUCCUGGCAGUCUCAACUUCACACCACUAAAUUGUUGGUGAUCCAUUCAUGCACGAAUGACUAUCUUCUUGAAGGCCAGCCUAAGUUUAAAGGAUCAGCCACAUAAAAGCAGGUUCCAUUUAAAGUUAUACUUGAAAGCACAUUUGCUUGUAUGAAUGCUUAUUUCACACCCCUUUAAAAACAACAAACACAACCUGAGUUGACCUUUUUUUAAUAAGAAGUCAUUUCAUUCAAAUGAAUGCAAGCAGUCGACACAGUUAUUAAAUAGAGGCGAUUGCAAAGCAAUCAUCCAAUAUAUUUUUGGGGAGACAGAUUUCAGCUGAGGGUAAGGCAGCAAUCUCAAACUGCGCACAACUGUAAAGGUUAACAUCCAUUUCAUCACUGUUCUCUGGGUGCAGAGCAGAAAUAUGGUGAAUACCACACCACAGUGUCUGCAGUACAGUGCACCUUGUUGUUUUCUAGUGUUACAAGUAGCAUGUUUACAAGUUGUUAAGUCAGAAUGAGGUGCCUUGUAUUGAGACAAAGACUCAAGACUGAUUGUUGCCACUGUUCCCCAAACACCUAGUACAAAAAAGAGUAAC